AUGGCUAGGAAUUUGAGCGCCCUACCAGCAUAUCUGACCCGUUUGUUUAGUCUCGCAGGCAGGACAGCCGUCGUCACGGGUGGCAGUUCAGGCAUAGGCAAGGAAAUUGCGCUCGCCCUUGGGCAGAGCGGUGCAAGUGUCAUACUCAUCGCGCGCCGAGCGAAGCCUCUCACAUCAACUAUCGAGCAACUCACCCAGCUCGGUGUACCUGCGACAUCAAUAACAGCAGACCUCUCCAAUCUUGCAGACCUCAACCACGCCAGCGCCCGCAUCAAAUCUGCUCACGGGGUACCUGAUAUCUUGGUCAACGCUGCUGGAGUGUCCCAUCGCCCACCCAUGUCGCGGAUAACGCAAGGAGACUGGGACUAUACCAUCGCGGCAAACCUUACGGCGCCAUUCGCACUAGGCCAGGCAUUCGGACCAGGGAUGGCUGAACGCGGAAGCGGCCGCAUAAUCAACAUUGUCAGCCAACAAUCAUUUCGCGCCUUCAAUAACAGUGGCGCCUAUGGUGCUGCAAAAGGCGGUUUGGUAUCGCUUACACGCUCUCAGGCCGAGGCAUGGUCGCGAAGCGGGGUUCUGUGUAACGCUAUCGCCCCGGGACUCGUAGAGACGCCGAUGACGGAGGAGGUGCUCGCUGAGCCGGAAACAGCGGGAGCACAUGCGGCACGUACGAUGAUCGGAAGGAACGGUGUGGUAGAAGAUUUUGCCGGGGUUGCAGUGUGGUUGGCAAGCGAUGCGAGUGCUGCGGUCACAGGGCAAACGAUCUUCGUUGAUGGGGGAUACUCAGCUACUUAG